AUGCCCGGAAGACUCGCUGGUAAAAAUGCCAUCAUCACGGGUGCUGCUGGAGGGAUUGGCCUUGAGACAGCCAUUUUGAUGAGCCAAGAGGGCGCAUCGGUCCUCCUGACCGAUGUAGCCGCACCAGCCCUAGAGCGUGCGCUCGCCAAAGUAAAGGAAGUUGUUUCCUCGAGAGAGGGCAAACUCGAGACAAAAGUUGUCGAUGUGUCCAAGGAAUCAGACAUUGAAGCCGCAGUCAACCACCUCGACUCUUGGGGCGGCGUCGAUGUCAUGUUCAACAAUGCAGGCAUCAUGCACGCCAAAGAUGGAGAUACAGAAGAGUGCCCAGAAAGCAUCUGGGACUUGACCCAAAACAUUAAUGUCAAGGGAGUGUUGUUCGGAUGUAAGCAUGCCGUGAGAAGUCUUCGCAAGCACAAGAAGACCAAGGGAAGCAUCAUCAACACAGCCAGUGUGGUAGCUCUUGUCGGUGCUGCCACCCCCCAGCUUGCGUAUACGGCGAGCAAGGGCGCAGUGCUCGCUCUGACCCGAGAAUUGGCCAUCGUCCACGCUCGUGAGGGCUAUCGCUUCAACUCUCUUUGCCCCGCCCCUCUCAACACACCGCUACUGCAGGACUGGCUCGGCGAUGACAAGGCAAAGAGAUUUCGAAGGGAGGUGCAUUUCCCCACCGGUCGGUUCGGUGAAGCCAUUGAGCAGGCAAGGGCAGUCGUUUUCCUCGCUAGUGACGAGAGUAGCUUCGUCAAUGCUGCAGAUUUCGUGGUCGAUGGAGGAUUGACCAAGGCAUAUGUUACUCCUGAGGGACCAGCUACCGAAGCCCCAAAGAACCUUGGAAGCUAA